AAACGAAAACCCCGCGUCAAAAGGGAGAUCCAACUAUUUCUCCUACAUUCCCUGCCUUCGACUACAUGCCCCUGCUUACCACCUACUGUCUGUCACCACCCCAACUCCCAGGGCGCCAGACGCACCUAGAGAUAAAAAGAAGAAAGAAGAAGAAGUUACUCCCAGUCCACUGCCAUGGAUAACAAAGAUAAGAUGGGAGAAGUGACACCAGAGAUGGAGAGAAUGUUCAAGCGCUUCGACACCAAUGGCGACGGGAAGAUCUCAUCAGCCGAGCUCGGGGAGGCCCUCCGCACCCUUGGCUCCACCUCCACUGAUGAGAUCCAGCGCAUGAUGGCCGAGCUCGAUACCGAUGGCGAUGGCUACAUCGACUUCAACGAAUUCUCCGCGUUCUGCCGUGCCAAUCCUGGUCUCAUGAAGGAUGUUGCCAAGGUCUUCUAGACUCGUUCUCAUUCUUAUUCCUUUUCCUUUCUUUUUCCCUUCUUUUUCUCUUUCUUUUUGAGUUUUCUCAUUCUUUUUUCUAUCAAGAAGUCUCUCUGGCCUUGCAUAUUAAGUUGAUCAUGUCAUGAUGAUUUGUGGAACUCAUUAGCUUAAUCUGCUCUGUCAUGAAAAGUUGUGAUCAAACAUUUGACUCUGCUUUGCUUAAACUCAGCUCAUUUAGC